AUGUCGUCCAACUCGAUAUCUCAGAAGAGCUUCUAUGGAGAGUCUACUACGGGCGACUUUGAUAAUUCACAACCGACCUCGCGCGAAUCUCUGUUUGGCGCGCUCGACAGCGUCGACGAGAGCUUCAUGGCGAGCUGCGGAUUCGUCAGCAACACCGCCGCCGCGCCGUCUGGGAUCAGUCCCGGCAAUACCGCGCCGUUCCUCUCGCCGGCGCCGCUGCGCGCCUCUUCCGGUUUCGGCCUUCGUGUCAACGUGCCGCGGUGCAUCAGCGAAUCAAGUGAAGAUCUUGGGGAUGAUGAGGCGGCGGCGCACGACGCGGCUUCGACAGGGAUUGGCGGCGACGGCUGCUGCUUCCCCUCGUCGCUCAGCGAAGCGAGCGACGCGGCGAGCGACGACGAUCUCUUGUGCUCGCCGUAUUCGACAGCUUCAGGAAGCCUGUCGCCGCUCUCUGUGCUGUCGCCUGCCCGUGCGACCCCUAAUUCGUCGCAAGGUCGUGUGACUCGCCGCGCGCUAUGGCCCGAGGUUAGAAGCGAUGAGUCGUCGAAGGUCCCCGUGAAUCCCGCUGGUGCCGCUGGGCCCUCCUCGUGGCAGGAAGGCAACAACUGGCAGCUUCCAGACGAUUUGCAAGCCUCCAAUUCCCCCGCCGCUUCCCCUGCAAGUGCCGCUUCACUCAACAGCAACGCGCAAAACUCCGCGCAGGCUGCGCAAAGCUUCCCCCACGGAGGUUCCUCCCCGCCCCCCUAUUGCUUCGCGGUAUCAGGUGGCGCUGGCGCGUUCCCCAUGUACUGGCCCUGCCCAGGCGCAUUCCCCCCGCAGUAUCCGCCCAUUGGCCUCUGCGCGCAAGACAGAAGCGCCGCCGCGCGCGGCCCACACGGCGCAAGCGGAACGUCCGGGGAGGCAGCGGGUGCUUGCAAAAAGGCGCAAACGCAGAAGCCCGCGGGUGUGAUCAUUCCCCCGCUUGGGUUCUGGGGACACCCGCAGGCGCCCGCGGUGACGCUUCCCCCGGGCGUGCAACUCCCCCUGCGGCUACAGGUGCAGCUGCAGCUGCAGCAGAUGGCGGAAGGGGCGCAGCAGCGGCAGCACCUCCCCGUGGCGGUUCAGGCGCCCGUGGCCAACUGCCCGCGCGCCUACCUUCCGCCCAGGUACUUGGCGCCGAAAGAUACCACUGGCACGGGUGUUUUCAUUCCCUCGAGCCGAGCUGGGAAUUGA